AUGAGGGUUGCGCUAGACCAGAGACACAGGUGCAAUGGCAGAGAGUGGCUGUUCAGUUCACUUUCAGUAGUUCGUCAGAAAUAUUUAAGUAAAAAAGUUGUUUCUGCAAGAAAAAAAUAGGCGAUGACAAACCGCGACACUUUAUUAUCUAAGAGCAAUGCUCUGAUACAAUCGUAUAAAGAAGACACCACUCUUUUUCAAGAAGAGGAAGACUCCGACGAUGAGCACGAGCUAACUAAUCUUAAUUGGCUUUUGCGAAAUCAAAAUUUAACAUGGCCGAAAACAAUUGAUUCUAGUACAAGGGAAACUUUAAAUACCGGAACAAAAGCUGAAAACCGUAUACCUAACUAUACGCAUAUUCAUCGGAACCAAAUAAAACUGACUAGAGGCGGAGACACAGUUAAAAGGUCGCAAGUAAUCAAGGAUCCGAGAGCACAAAAAACAACUCCAAAAAAGCAAACUCCAUCAGAACGCUUCGAAAUAUUUGUCAACAAAGUAAAAAAGGAUUUAAUAGAAUACGAAAAGUUUGCAUCUAAGUAUGAAACCGACGUGACUGAGAAACCACCUUUUAACUACUCACAUAUAAUUGGGAUGGCUAUGCUAAAAAAUGGUCGCAUAACUUUACAACAAUUAUGUGCUUGGAUAGAAGCUAAGUUUGCAUUCUUCAGAGUCAGAAAGAAAUGGAAUAACUCCAUAAGGCACAAUUUAUCUCUACAUCACUGCUUUCGUAACAGAAAAAGAGAAGAAAAAGGAAAAGGCGGCUACUGGGAGUUGGGUGUUGACCCUAAGAAGUGUGACCGAAAACGCGUUCGUAAUAGAAAACUAUGUCACACAAAGCUUAAUCACAUCUCCAAAUACCAUAGUGAACAGUUAACUCAUAAGCAACUAGCUAAAUCUUCUCAACCCUGCUUUUCAAGGUUUUGUAAGAAAAAUAGCGUGUCAAAAAUAUCAGACACAAAUGCUUCAAAAAAUAUAUCGGCAACGUUUACGAAUGAUAAUUUUGCGGAGUUCUUAAGGAAAGGUACAACCGAUGAGGUAAAUGAAAUUCAACAUGAAAAACAUCCGAUGCAAACAAUAAUUAAAGAUGAUAUAUUUCAAAAAAAGCUUAACACAAUUAUAGUAAGCGCUGGAGAAUUCAUGGCAGAGCCUCAAAGCCUAAACUGCUUAGUUUCCCACAGGAUAGACAGUAGCAACACGCAGGUGUCUGGAGAAGACGAUUUUUGUACAUUCAAUAACUUAAAUAGUUAUUCGGAUAUGACUACUGUGUUUGCAUCGAAUACAGCUAUCUUAGAAGACCGAAAUAUGACUGAUGAAUCCAGUCCUAGCCAUCCGUGCAACAUAAGAGUUAAUUAUGAUUAUACUAACUUCCGGCCCCUAGUAGACUCCAUUGACGAACAGUUCCAUUACCUCCAUAAUAGUUCUGAAUAUAGCCGAAAUGAUGAUAUAUUAGAUAACCUUCUUAAUGUUUGUGUUACGCACUAUUAAAAUCAAAAUGCAAAGUUUCAAAUUUAUUUGAUCAUCAUAUAAGCGCGUUGCUCUUACACGUAGUAUCGUUGUCAUAAGGUAUUAUUUUGCACAACCACUUCAAUAAAUUAAAACACGAUCAUUUUAUUUGAUUUUCAAUACGUUACAUAUUUAAAAAACUUGGGAGUACUUUCUGCAGUCGACUGCGGAGCCAUACAACUUAUCUGUCGAACGAAACGACGGCAGAAGCGAACGCAUUAACGGCAGAGCUGAAAGAAACGGUGACAUAAAAGGUGUUCUAUGUGUAUAAGUUUUUAAGCAGCUGUGAAUAGUAGGACAUAGUUAUAGGUUCGACAGCACAAAAUUAAGAACAUUUAAUUUUAUUUUAACAAAUAGGGAAGGUAGCUUCGGCAAGCCGACCCUUGUCGUGACUAUGUACACUAGUCGGGAUGAGUAUUUUAACGUUAUUAUCUGUGAAGAAAAUGGCCGCUUUCAGCAGAGCAACACGAUAAGUGAUUACUGACGGACCAGUUAUCAAUCAUCAAGUUUGUUUUUCUUAGCGCUGAUGAUACAUAAUGAUGACUACAAUGUAAAAUAUUACACCUGGUAAAUUCCACUAUGCUAUUCAAGUGU